CCUUGAAAUAAGCGACACCUUGAACUCAGCACAACUGAGUCACUUCUCCGUGCACCGCCAUAAAGUCAUAUAACUGGGACGCCUAUAAAAACGGGGCGGUCACGGCCGCCUCUUUUUCAGACCAAGGACAGCCGUGGAUCGGUCGUUUACCUCUGAGCAACCUCAGAAGAUGGAAGGCACCUUAUACGCAAAGUUGCUCCUCGUUGUAGCUGUUGUGCCAGUUGUCGUCUCAGGCCUAGAGCUGGCCAUCAACGCCAGGACGGCGGGCUAUGAGCUGGCGACCGAAGUGGGCCUGACCCAGUCCCUCUGGUGCACCGUGAAGCAUCACAGCCAGGAGGAGGAACUGCUUUGGCUACGAGGAGACGGAGAAGUCAGCUUGCAGGAGGGGAACAAGAUGAAUUCCAGCAACAUUUGCAUCUCUCCCGUCACCGACGAGGACAACGGCGUCUCCUUCACCUGCCAGUUGGCCCGGAACAAAUCCGUCCAGGUGUCUGUGCUGCUCAACGUCACCUACGCCCCCGUCCUAACUGGGGAAGACCUUCCCAGCAUCCCCACCGAUUGGGAUGCGACCUUCAAUUGCCGUGUCAAAGCCAACCCUCCUGCUCAACUUACCUGGCUGAAGGACAACGAGACCCUGAGCCUGGGGGACUCCCGCUACUGGCUUGUCCAAAGCAGCGAGCUGUUUCAGCUGACCAUUAAGCAACUCCAACCCUCAGACGGAGGGAUAUACACCUGUGUGGCUCACUCGCCGCUAGGCAUGAGCCGUAAGGAUUUCCACCUGGUCGUCGAAGGUAUUUUGGUCUAUUGAUUUGUAUCUCACUUG